AUGCGAAAGCUGGGUUCGGGUGGCCGUGGUGUGUGGGCAAACAGCUUGACGACAAAACGUACCGUGCAGGUCGGGGGCUAUUCGGCUGUUUCGCUACUACCUUCUACAGCCCCUUUGUGUAAUGGGUUAAGUACCUUGUUUGGUGUGCAACGGCGCUUUCAGUCCAGUGUCACGCCAUGGGGUGGUCAACAAGGUGGGGGGAGUGGCAGCAACAGCAACAGUAACACUCAACAGCAACAGGGCCGGGCAUGGGUAAACCCACAGGCAGUGCCCCCUGGUGAGUUUCUAAACAAAUAUGCCCGCAAUUUGACGGAAGAGGCUCGCAUGGGACGCCUGGACCCCAUUAUUGGCAGAGAGGAAAUUAUCCGCCGUACCAUUCAAGUAUUGAGUCGCCGAACGAAAAAUAACCCCGUUCUUAUCGGAGAACCUGGCGUUGGGAAGACAGCCAUUGUGGAAGGAUUGGCCCAACGUAUUGUCAGUGGCGAAGUACCGGAGAGUAUCAAGGAUAAGAAAGUGUUCUCACUAGACAUGGGCUCUUUAGUUGCUGGUGCGAAGUUCCGUGGUGAGUUUGAGGAGCGGCUGAAGGGUGUGCUAAAGGACACAAUUGAGUCGCAGGGGAAAGUUAUUCUUUUCAUUGACGAGUUGCACACCCUCGUUGGGGCGGGGGCAUCCGGUGAUGGAUCCAUGGACGCGGCGAACCUCCUGAAACCUUCACUCGCCCGUGGUGAGCUUCAUUGCGUCGGUGCCACCACUUUGGAUGAAUACAAGCGUCACAUCGAGAAGGAUGCCGCUCUAGCUCGCCGCUUUCAGUCUGUCCUCGUAACUGAGCCCACGGUUGAGGAAACCAUCUCCGUGCUACGUGGCAUUAAGGAAAAAUAUGAGGCCCACCAUGGGUGUCUCAUUAAGGACGAGGCCCUCGUUUACGCAGCGGUUAAUUCCCAUCGAUACCUCUCAGAGAGGCGGCUACCCGACAAGGCUAUCGACCUUAUCGACGAGGCAGCAAGUCGGCUGCGACUUCAGCAGGAGUCCAAACCAGAGCAGCUUGAUAGCGUGGGGCGUGAGCUUGUCCGCCUAAAGAUUGAAGCUGAGGCAGUGAAGAAAGAUAAGGAUGAGCUGGGAAAGGCGAAACUGACGCAGCUCUACAACCGGAUUGAGGAGAGGCAGAAGGAGUAUGAUGCAUUGGAAGAGCGCUGGAAGAAGGAGAAGGCCAUGUUCGACCGCAUCAAGAAACGAACGGAGGACUUGGAUGUUCUUCGCCACCACUACGAGCAGGCGCGAACGGAGGGUGAUUUUGCCAAGGCAUCCGAAAUAUUGCAUGGAAGGAUACCUGCUCUGAAGAAAGAAAUUGAUGCGGAUAAGCAGGCAACUCGUACUGAAAACUUCCUUACGCAUGACUCCGUUACCGCUGAUGACAUUGCUCAGGUCAUUGCCCGUGCCACUGGCAUUCCCGUUGCACAACUUAUGACAGGUGAGAGGGAGAAGCUCAUCACCAUGGACAAGGAGCUUCGUCAGAGGGUUCUUGGCCAAGACGAGGCGAUUGCCACUAUUACCAACGUUGUGCGCAUUUCUCGUGCUGGCCUCCACGCACACAAGCGUCCACUUGGCUCCUUCCUAUUUCUUGGCCCAACUGGUGUGGGAAAAACCGAGAUAUGCAAACAACUGGCGAGGUUUCUAUUCGAUGAUGAAUCUUUCAUAUGCCGCAUUGAUAUGAGCGAGUACAUGGAACGACAUGCGGUUCAUCGUCUUAUUGGAGCACCCCCGGGAUAUGUUGGCUAUGAAGAAGGUGGUGAACUCACCGAGUCGGUGCGACGCCGCCCGUACCAAAUUGUCCUUUUUGAUGAGUUCGAGAAGGCGCACCCGAGUGUAUCGAAUAUCCUCCUUCAAGUCCUUGACGAAGGUCACCUUACGGACAGUCAUGGCCGGCGUGUGGAUUUCAAGAACACUAUCAUUAUUCUCACGUCAAACAUUGGAGCUGACGCCAUUGCUGCGCUGCCAGAGGGUUGUCCAUCCUCGAAGGCGAUGCCAUCUGUCAUGCAGCAGGUGAGACAGCGCAUGACACCAGAGUUUAUCAACCGCUUGGAUGAUAUUGUUAUGUUCAAUCGACUUGGCAAGGCUGAGACUCGAAAGAUUGUUGAUCUCCUCUUUGCACAUGUACAGUCAAUGUUGGACGACCAGGAGAUUAAGCUGGAGGUGAGCUCUGAUGUGUUUGAAUGGUUCGGGACGAAUGGUUACAGCCCAGUCUACGGCGCUCGCCCACUUAAGCGGCUCGUACAGUCCGAAUUAUUAAACCGGUUGGCGAUUAUGCUGUUGGACGGUCGGAUUCGGGAGAAGGAAACCGUGAAGGUGGAAAUGCGUGAUGGAGAGGUAUUUGUGCAUCAGAACCAUGACGCCGUGCGCCCAGUGGAUGCCGCAGACCUGGGUCCGCAACUCACAGAAUGA